UAUGAUAAUGAUAAACGAAUAACUAUCUAUGACGAACGACAAAUAACAUAAUAACAUGAAUAUUAACUGUAAAUGUUCAUUAAAUUAAUUUAGUAAUACGUGUAGUAUUGCGGUUGUGCACAAUUUAGCAGUAAUUUCUUAAUUUUUUUACGUAAAAAUAAAAAAGGCAGUGUUGAGAUAACCUCUCAAAUUGCAGGACUAUAUUGUGAAACCAGUUACAGCAAAAAUUUAAAAUGCCCCGUGCAGAAGUUGGAACUCCAAAAUAUAUUGCUAAUAAAAUGAAGGCAAAAGGUCUUCAAAAAUUGAGAUGGUAUUGCCAGAUGUGUCAGAAACAGUGCAGAGAUGAAAACGGUUUCAAAUGUCACACUAUGUCCGAAUCACAUCAGAGGCAACUUCUACUAUUUGCUGACAAUGCUAAAAAAUACAUGGACGAAUUUUCAUAUGACUUUGCUAAAGGAUAUUUAGAUAUUUUAAGAAGACAGUUUGGAACUAAACGUGUAAAUGCAAACAGAGUGUAUCAGGAAUAUAUUUCGGAUAGAAACCAUUUACAUAUGAACUCUACAAGAUGGGUCACUUUAACAGGUUUUGUUAAAUGGCUUGGAAGGACUGGAAAGUGUAUAGUUGAUGAAACAGAAAAAGGUUGGUUUAUUACUUACAUUGAUAGGGAUCCAGAAACGAUAGCUGCUGAAGAGAGAAGAAACAAAAAAUUGAAGUUAGAUAAGGAUGAUGAAGAACGCUUACAAGAAUUUAUAGAAAAGCAAGUAAAAAGAGGACAGGAGCAGGAAGUAUCACCAACAGAAAUAGUUUACACUGAACUUAUAAGAAAUGAAGAUGAGAAAUUAAUUUUAGAUAUAAAAUUGGAUAAAACAAAAGUAAGUUGUUCACAACCAGUUGUACCAUUAAAUAAACUUUUAAAGGCAAGAGAAGAAGAGGGCAGCAAUUCUGAAAUAAAACAAAGAAAAAAAUUUAAGGAUAAACAUGAUUCAAAGCCAAAAUCUGCACUAGAUGAAAUAAUUGCAAAAGAAGAGGCUUUCAGAGAGAAAAAUAAUCGCAAAGAUUAUUGGUUAACUGAAGGCAUCAUUGUAAAAAUUGUAACAAAAUCUCUUGGUGAAGAAUUUUAUAAACAAAAAGGUGUAAUAACAGAACUGAAAAGCCGUUAUGUAGCUAUCGUUAAAUUACUUGAUCUGGGAAAGAAAGUAAAAAUAGACCAAGAACACUUAGAAACUGUAUUACCUGCAAUUGGAAAAUUAGUACAUGUUGUAAAUGGUGCUUAUAGAGAUGAAAAUGCAAUAUUAAAAGAUAUCCACGAAGACCGUUUUUGCGUAGACAUUGAAAUUGCUUCUGGAGUUUUAAAAGGACGUAAAGUUACUAAUGUACAAUAUGAAGAUGUUUGUAAAUUAUAUGUAGAUUAAAAAUUAAUAAAAACACAUACUGUGUUUUA